CCCACCACAGGCAGCAGCAUUCAGGAGGCCAGGAAUCGACGACGAACCCCGCCAUCCACUCCCUGAGGGACUCCGCGUGCAUUGCGGGCCUCUCUCGCAGUUUGCGUAACAGCGCUUGAUCCCGCCAGUGUACGUCAUUUUUCGGCCGGCUGCGCGGUCCUCGGCUCGCUCCACCGAGACCGAGGGCCAGCCCCGCCAACCUUCCCCAGAUCCAGCCCGCGGCCGAUCGGGCAGGCGUCGCGUGGCAGGGCCGCCGCCUUGCGCCUCGCUGCACGCGGGCCGCUGACCUGGGCGAGGAGUCGGGACGCACUUGUUGACAUUCGUUACAUCGCUACUUUUUCUUCUGGUCUCUAUUUUAUUUCGGUGCAGUUACGAGACGGUUGCUGUGCCCGUCUCCUUGUCCCCCGAACCGUCGAGUGUGGAGAUUGUGUAUGGGCUGUGUGUGAGACGAGACCGGCGGCAAGCCGUCCCGCUCGUUUCUGACGCGGCUAUUGCUUCCAUCUGUUUUGCCUCGCCGUCCAAUUGUUCAUGCCAUGAAAUUGUCUUGUCGUACUGUGAGGGGAAGCAGGUCCAACCGCCGUCACGAUGAGCAUCUCGCUGCCGUUGCACCCGUCCCCAAGCCGGCGGAACCGGGGCAGCAGGAACUACUUCACAAACAACCAGACCACCUCGCCGUCGGCUGCUGAGGCUAUCAAUGGACCCGUGAGAGAGCCGGCGAGGGACCCACCCCCGAUCAACGACCGGCUGAUUGUCGGCGUUGAUUUUGGGACCACCUUCUCUGGUGUUGCUGCCGUUUACACCGGGACGCCGGACGACAUUGAGAUCAUAAAAACAUGGCCUGGCGGCAACGGCAUCACCUCGGACAAGGUGCCUACCGAGAUCUCCUACGACUUACCUGCCGGGGCGGCGCCCGGCACUGCGCCUACCGUAAAAUGGGGCUUCCAGUUCAAGCCCGAGGAGCCCCGGCUCCGGUGCAUCAAGUUGUUCCUUGACCGCUCACAAAAGCUGCCCUUCUAUGUCAGCCCCUUGGAGACGGCCGCCCAGCUCAGGCGGUACAACAAGACUGUCGUUGACGCCGUGAGCGACUACCUGACCCAGAUAUACAAGCACACCAUGGACACGCUCACCCGACGCUACGGCGAGUCGUUCAUGGCGUCCACCAAGGUCGAUUUUGUCCUGACGUGCCCGGCCGUGUGGUCCGACGCGGCCAAGAACACAACCCUUCAGGCCGCCGAGAGAGCAGGCAUGGGUGCGCAGUCUCAGAUUCAAAUGAUCAGCGAGCCGGAAGCGGCCGCUGUCUACACCCUAAAGGCGAUACAGCCCAAUAAUCUGAAAGUGGGAGACAACUUCAUCGUCUGCGAUGGUGGCGGCGGCACCGUUGACCUUAUUGCUUAUAAAAUCGUCUCCCUCAGGCCAAUCCGCGUGGAGGAGUCUGCUGUCGGAACCGGUGGUCUCUGUGGGAGCGCUUUCCUCAACUACAGGUUUGAGGAACACGUGAAGAACCGGCUGGGCCAGAGCCGGUUUGACGAGAUGAAGGCGAAAAAGGCCAAAUCCUGGCAGAUGGGCCUUCGCUACUUUGAGGAGUUUGUGAAGCGCAAUUUCAAUGAGGAUGAGCACCAGGAAGUAAACAUUCCAUUUCCCGGCCUCCCUGACGACGAAAAGGCUGGACUCGACUCGGGAUUCCUUGUCAUGACGGCAGAGCAGAUCAAAGAAAUCUUCGAUCCAGUCGUGAGGGAGGUCUGCGACCUUGUCCAGGGGCAGGUGGACACCCUGCGGGCCAAGGGUGGUGUUGUCUCGGGCAUCAUCCUCGUUGGCGGCUUCGGCCAGAGCGACUAUCUCUACCGAACACUAAAAGCGCACUUCACCAGCGGCGCGCCGCCCCCGUAUAGCAAGACGCCGACGCAAGCGAAUAUGGACCUCUGGGAAAAGCCGUCUAUCGAAGUCAUGCAGCCCGUCUAUGCAUGGACCGCCGUGGUGCGGGGCGCCGUCCUCCGCGGCCUCGAGGGCAACAUGGUGAUCUCUCGGAAGGCGCGGAUGCACUACGGCACGUCGUACGCGACCGUCUACGACGAGACGAAGCACUCGGUCAGCGAGCGGUACUGGUCGCCCCUGUGGGAGCGCUGGAUGGUCUCGGACCGCAUGCAGUGGCACAUUGCUAAGGCAACCAUAUCCCCCCUCCAGCCCAUCGCCUUCCACUACACGCGCAACUUCCGCCCUGGCCAGUCGCUCGUCGUGACCGACGACCUGAUCGCCUGCGAGGCCGACGAGCCUCCCGCAGCCUACACCCGCGACCUCAUCCACGUGUGCACGCUGACGACCGACCUCAGCGCCGUGCCACGCACCCUGUUCCAGCGCCUCACCACCACGCGCGGCGUCGAGUUCGACAACCUGGACUUCACGCUCGAGAUGAUCGUCGACAGCGCCGGGCUCGGGUUCGAGCUGAAGGUGGACGGCGUGAGGUACGGGAGGGUGGAUGCCGAGUUUCAUUGAGGCCUCAAUCCUCCUUAGCGGUGGGAGUAGUGUUGUUGUGCAUGGGUGAGGAUCCAAGGUCUUGCAGAGAGGAUAUAUAUUGUGCGAGACGAAUCUGCUGGGCUGAGGCAGGCAGGGCUAACCGGGCGGCCGUUGUGAGCGGAUCUUGAUGGCGGUAAUGUGUUGUUGCGCUAGACUCUCUAUACAGCUCGUUGGCUAGCUGAGGCAGUUUAUAUAGAAUGCUGUCGAAAAGCACACCGUCUGAAGCGAGCUGGCUGCAUUUUGGAGGCCCAGAUAUCUAAGUC